UAUCAGAUAAGCGAGUGAAAUAGAAAUGGGUUGAAAUGAAUGGAAAAAUUUGAUACUGUCGUCAAAUGACAUGAUGAAAUUCGUUUAACUGAUUAAGUUUGACAUCAUUAAUGAGAUAAUCUGGAAAUAUCAUCGUACCGACCCGUAUGACUGUGAAAAAUAUGUCAGGUUACAGUGAUCUCAUUAGAAGGUGAUGGUUUCAAAAUUCGUUACACCCUCUUGCUAUAGUAAUUGUAUGAAAAGUUAUUUUUAAAAUAUCUACCCAAACAAUGAAAAGAAUCACAUGGUUUUUCUUAUAAAAACUGAGGGAAACACCUCAGAACUUCACUCUGGUUCUAAUCAGGAUGGCAUCAUACAAUUGCACUUGUGAGAAAAGAGAGGAGAUUUUAAAACUCCUGAAUUAUAUCAUGGAAGAUAUAAAAACUAUGGAGUGUCCAAUGGCCUUACGUUUACAUAAGAGGAAAACGUUUUUCAGUACGCCUGAUGUUUCUCCGGUGGGGAAAAAGUCCAACAGAAAUGGACCGCCGAACGCACCACGACGUCCGCCCCGUCUUGUGAUGGAGAUCAUAAGCGUAGAAGAUUCGGAUAGUUUGGUGCAACUACUGAACGAUAGCACCUUUGAGGAGGAACAAAACGAGUCAAUGACGGUAGAAGUUAUGGAAAAAAAAUGAGGAGAAAAAUGAAUG